AUGACAGAUCCUUCGGAUUUUUGGUCAUUUGUGAGGGAUAGCAGGGGUCAUUCUCGCAUACCCGGAGUUAUGAGCGAUGGUCAAAGAAGUAUAGAUAAGCCGCAGGAUAUCGUUAACGCCUUCGCACAGCACUUUGGUGGUGUGUACGAUACGCCUUGUGACACUUAUGAUUUUGGCGAUGUUGAGGAUGAUUUUUGUCAGUUCAUUAGUAUUGGUGAAAUCAAGGAGGACGAUAUUGUGAGGGCGUCGAAGAAACUCUCAAAUAAACGCACUGCUGGGCUUGAUGAGAUCCCUAGUUUCAUGGUGAAGGACAGCAUAGGAGCAGUUUCUGCCUCUCUGGCACGCAUAUUCAAUCUUUCCACAUCCACAGGCAUAUAUCCCUCAGUUUGGAAACGGUCCAAAAUAAUUCCCGUUCUUAAAAAGGGUGAAAAAUACAUGAUCUCGAAGUACCGGCCAAUUUCCAUCUUGUCGAAUUUUUCGUAG